AAUAUCUAAGGAAAUAUGUGGACCUCAAAAUUCAGUGGUUUUUAUUCAAUUGUUUGUGUUAGUUAAUUAAGAUAGCUAGUAGUCUCUUGCAUUAUUAAUCGAGCACAUAUAAUUUGAACUCAAAAAGUUUUACAAUCAAAAAAUUAUCUGUAAAUUAAAAUCGUGAUAUUUUAUACUAAUUAAUACUAUUUUUAGUCUUCUGUCAGUUAGCAAAUUUCUAUUUUCUUAGAUUAUUAGGGGGAUAUUCAAUUAGGAGUGCACAAAAAAUGGGUUUGGUUUCUACUUAGUUGGAUGCAUGAAGGCUUUGGGCGCAAUGAGCCCAAACUAUCCUAGAAGACCAUAACCAUUGCUGUCAUCCCAAUCGGCCUAGCAAGAGGAGAGAUAUGAACAGUUAAGAUAGGAUGAGAAAAGCCCAAACCAUGCUUAGCAUACAAGAACAUCAACUAGGGUGCAAUCCAAAAAUUCACAACUUUAUGCAUGUUGCAAUGGAUGAUGAUGGAACACGUAAUAACUUUUGUCCUCAGUUUACUUUAGGACAAAUGCAGAACAGACAGACACAAAGAUAACAUAAUUUUUUGUCGUGGAUUAUAGAUGCCUAUUUGAGAAUCAAAUUCAAGGGUAAAAAAUGCACGCCCCCUAGCACUGAAAUUCGAACGUAGCCGCUUAUGAAAAUGUCGUUACUUACUAUUAUUUUAACUAUGUAUUCUAUUCUUUUAGCCUCGGAUCACCUUAAGAUUUUUCAUUUUAUUAAUCAUCUCAACGGUCUAUUAUCACAUGGCGCCGAUUAAUGUUUUUGAAAAUUAGCAAACCUGCGUUGUCUCUUCUGACAGUCACUUCUCACUGUCUUUCAACUUGUUUUUGCUUAAAUUAGAUUCCUCAAUAUAUAUGAGCUUAAUUGUGAUAUUCUUUUUAAGUUGGAGUUGUAAACCAAAAUUUGUAAAUGGGGAAUUGCUCUCUAAAAUCGGCUGCUGAAGAGUUACCUAGUAAUGUCCGGGUACUCACAGAUACCGGUGGAAUUAUACAGCUCAGAGGUCCUAAGUUAGCUAAAGAUGUCCUUGUUGGGCACCCAGGUUAUGGCAUUUUCAGGCAGGGACAUGCCUCGUCAUCUCCAUUGUCUAGCCAUGAGUACUUAAUUGGUGGGCAAUUUUACUAUCUGCUUCCUCUUCGAGAUUUACCAGUGUUAUGUGAUACUAUGGUCACUAGUCAUGUUCAUGACGUGGGAUUCGCAAGAAAGGAGAAAAAUAUCUUGGCGACUGAGUCGCCAGAAGUGUCAUUUGAGACAGCAUUGGCUACCCAAAAUGAUGAAGUGGCUGGGCCGGCCGUUCAGGUCCUGCCGUCACAAAGUAAUGGAGUUUGGAAGGUGAAAUUGAUGAUUAGUCCAAAGCAAUUAGAGGAAAUCUUAUCAGAAGAAAGGAAUACUGAAGCCUUGAUUGAGAAGAUGAGAAUGGCUGCUGCUGCAAGCUCAUCAGCAGCUAGUUUGGCACCGAGGAAAAGCAAGAGCUCUUGGGGAGUGGCUUGGAAGCCUUGCAUCUCUAAUGUAUUCAAGGUGUCCCCUAUUGAUGUGGAAGCAAAUAAAAACUGAUGUUUAAUGUUUGGAUACUGGAAAAUGAUCUUUUGAGUAUCAUGUAAAUAUGGGAACUAAGGUAGAUGUAAUGUUUGAUUACACAGCAUGUGCUUAUGCUCUUA